AUGUCUUCGAAUCCUUAUGUGGCCAACGAAGUCGUAUUGGCCGACGUCAGCGAGCCAAUGAUGCAGGAAGAAGGUCAAGAAACAGAAGGUACGAGUAAGUAUGCCAAGUUAUCAAGUGUGCUGUUGAUCUCAAUUGUACUGUGCUUGGCGACUUUGUGCGUAGCGGUGGACAAUACGAUAAUUUCGACCGCUGUCCCUCGAAUUACCCAUGACUUCCACAGCAUUGACGAUGUGGGUUGGUAUGCAUCAAUUUAUCCAUUGGCCUCUUGCGCAUUCCAACCUUCCUACGGCAAAGUCUAUACGCUCUUCUCCAGCAAAAUCGUCUUCCUGGUAGCGUUGCUGAUAUUCGAAAUCGGAAGUGUUGUAUGUGCUACUGCACCCAAUUCUCAUGUUUUCAUUCUUGGGCGGGCAUUAGCAGGUCUGGGCUCUGCUGGGAUACAAGCAGGCACCACACUCAUUCUCGCUGACUGUGUUCCGCUACGCCAGCGACCGACAUGGAACAGCAUCAUUGGUAGCAUGUUUGCAGUCGGGAGCGUAGUUGGACCUCUACUGGGGGGAGCCUUCUCGGAUACAACUACAUGGCGUUGGUGUUUCUAUAUCAAUCUUCCAAUCGGAGGCGCUGUCAUGAUCUUCAUAGCACUUUUCUAUGACGGUAGCCGCGGCGGCCACAGAACAUUUGAGUCGACCGGACUUCGAAACGAGAUCGCGCGCUUCGACUUGGCUGGUACUUUCAUAUUUAUAUCGGCAACAAUUUGUCUUCUCUUAGCACUCUCAUGGGGUGGAACCACAUAUGCAUGGGAUAAUGCUUGCAUUAUAGCCCUGUUAACAGUCGCUGGAGGGCUAUGUUGUACUUUUAUCGGUGUUGAAUACUGGAUGAAAGACAGCGCCAUUAUUCCUUUACGUUUACUACGCAAGCCAAGUAUAUGUGCAGCAAUCCUUUUUGGCCUUUGUCUUGGAGGGGUAUUCUUUGUAAAUGUUUUCUACAUACCGCUAUGGUUUCAAAUAGUCAACGGUGUCUCUGCCGUCGAAUCUGCAAUCUUGUUUAUCCCAUUCAUGCUCAGUGUCGUUGGCGGGUUCAUGUUUGCAGGCUUUGGGACCGCUGCAACAGGAUACUAUACACCAUUUGUCUAUGCUGGCUCAAUCCUUAUGUCAAUAGGUACUGGCCUUCUGAUGACUGUUCAGCCUCGGCAUACCUCGCGAGCCAAAUGGGUCGGAUUUCAGAUCCUGUGCGGAGCCGGAGUCGGGUUAGGCGAAGAGCAAGGACUAUACAUGGUGCAAACGACGCUUCCUGAAAAUGAUGUGGCAACUGGUAUCGGCCUGGUACUAUUCGCGCAGACGCUCGGCGGAGCCCUCUUCGUGUCAGUUGCGCAGGCAGUUUUCCUGAAAAAUAUCAGCAAGGCACUCAAAACACUGGCCCCAAACCUGAACCCAAAAUCUGUUCUGAACGGUGUAUCAGCGGGCUCUUCUCCGGAAUUGCGGGCGGCUUAUGCCCUGGCGAUCAAAGACGUUUUCCGUGUUGGGCUUACACUGGGAACGGUCUCGAGCCUAGGCGCGAUGCUGUACGACUGGAAAAGUUUGAAGACCAAGCGCGAUAAUGGAAACGGUGAAUGUAGCAGUAACCAUGAGCUCGAACAUGUCACGGAAGCUCGAAGAGAGGAUAAAUAA